AUGACGAGAGGCGAGAUCUGUCACCUUCACAUCGGCCAAGCUGGUAUCCAGCUUGGUAACGCCUGUUGGGAGCUAUACCUCCUCGAGCACGGCCUCACCCCUGAUGGACACUUCAAGGAGGACCUUGCCGACUCCGAAACCACCAAGGGUUCCUACGAUACUUUCUUCACCGAAACUCCCGGCGGCAAAUACGUUCCCCGUUCCAUCUUCGUGGAUUUGGACCCAUCGCCCAUUGAUGAGAUCCGCACUGGUACCUACCGCCAGCUGUUCCACCCCGAGCAGCUGAUCAGCGGCAAGGAGGAUGCUGCCAACAACUAUGCUCGUGGUCAUUACACCGUUGGAAAGGAGUACGCUGAUGAUGUGAUGGAUCGCAUUCGUCGGGUUAUCGACAACUGCUCUUCCCUGCAGGGAUUCUUGAUCUUCCACUCCUUCGGCGGUGGUACCGGUUCUGGAUUCGGUGCUCUUCUGCUUGAGCGCCUUGCCAGCGAGUACGGCAAGAAGUCUAAGCUUGAGUUCUCCGUCUACCCCGCCCCCCAGGUGUCUACUGCCGUUGUUGAGCCCUACAACGCCGUCCUCUCCACCCACAGCACCAUUGAGAACGCCGACUGUACCUUCCUUGUUGACAACGAGGCUGUCUACGACAUCUGCCGCCGUCACUUGGACAUCCCCCGCCCCGGUUACGAGCACCUGAACCGUCUUAUUGCCCAGGUUGUCAGCUCUAUCACCUCCAGCUUGCGUUUCGAGGGUGCUCUCAAUGUCGACUUGAACGAGUUCCAGACUAACUUGGUGCCCUACCCCCGUAUUCAUUACCCUCUGAUUUCCUACGCUCCUGUCAUCGGUAUCAAGAACAGCUCCCACGAGAGCUUCAAGGUGCAGGACCUUACCGCUCAGUGUGUCGAGCCCCACAACCAGAUGGUGGUUUGCGACCCCCGCAAGGGUAAGUACAUGGCCGUUGCUCUUCUGUACCGCGGUGAUGUCGUGCCUCGCGAGUGCAACGCUGCCGUUGCUUCACUGAAGGCCAAGGAGACCUUCAACUUGGUCGAGUGGUGCCCCACUGGAUUCAAGCUGGGUAUCAACUACCAGAAGCCCGUCCGUGUCCCCGACAGCGAGCUUGCUCCCGUCGAUCGCUGCGUCAGCAUGUUGUCCAACACCACUGCUAUCGCCGAGGCUUGGAGCCGUCUGGACCACAAAUUUGAUCUCAUGUACUCCAAGCGUGCCUUCGUCCACUGGUAUGUUGGUGAGGGUAUGGAGGAGGGUGAGUUCUCCGAGGCUCGUGAGGAUCUUGCUGCUCUUGAGAAGGAUUACGAGGAGGUUGCCGCCGAUGACACCAUUGAGGACGAGAUUGAUGAGCACGGCGAGUACUGA